GUGGUGACCGCUACUCGACAUUAUUAUCAAUACCAAAGACCAAUAUAUAUGCCCAUUAAAGUUCCAAUCUUCGAUCGCCAAUUUACAAGUCGUUAAUAUAAAUUGGACUAUGAAGCCCACAGUUGAUUGGCUAUUGUUGGUCCUCGCAAUGCUCAGUUAAGAAAACUCUAAAGAUGAAGGGAAUCGUGUUGGCCGCCUUGUUGGCUUGUUUGGCCAACCAUGUUGGCGUAUUGGAGGGAUACAUCGUAGGCGCGGGAUUAAACGUCCGCUUCGGCCAAAUGCUUUACACGGACAGUAAAUACCAAGUGCUUAGAGAGGAGAUGGUGAAGACCAACACUCGCAACCUGGUGUACCACUGCCGAGCAGACAAGAGCGACUGCGACGCCGCGCUCGCCAAAAUGCGCUAUAAGGCCAGCAAGCACUUCUAUGCGCUGUCGAAGGCAGUGGUGGACUAUGUGAAGAAUAAACGCCAAGCGAGACCCACUGGAUACGUCGGAACUGCCACGUUCUGUCAAGACAACAUCUGCGUGCCGGACACAGACCCGCCCAUCGUGUUCGGCGGCUGCUUCACGCUGGUCUCCUGCGGCGGCAACCAGUCAUGGCACCUGGACCCCAUAGCAUACAAGAAGAAGAAGGGCAGAUUCUUUUAGUUGUAUGCUUAAUAAAUAUAGUGCUGGCAAACUUGUUUAUUUCUAUUACUC